GGUAUAAAAACCAAACACGGAGGAGGAGGCCCGCGGGCAAGAUGGCAGCUACUGCGGCCAGCAUGGGCCGGCUGGAAGAAGCAGCUUUGAGGCGAAAAGAACGCCUGAAGUCCCUUCGGGAGAAGACCGGGCGCAAGGACAAAGAAGAUGGGGAGCCAAAGACCAAGAAGCUCAGAGAAGGGGAGAAGCACAGGGAACUUAGGCUGAGAAACUAUGUCCCAGAGGAUGAGGACCUGAAGAGAAGGAGGGUGCCCCAGGCUAAACCAGUUGCAGUGGAAGAAAAGGUGAAGGAACAGCUGGAGGCUGCCAAGCCAGAGCCGGUCAUUGAAGAAGUGGACUUGGCCAACCUCGCGCCCCGCAAGCCUGAUUGGGACCUCAAGAGAGAUGUGGCCAAGAAGCUAGAGAAGCUAGAAAAGCGAACCCAGAGAGCCAUUGCUGAGUUGAUCCGUGAGAGGCUGAAAGGCCAGGACAGGCUGGCCUCUGCAGUGAAUGCCACCACCGAACAAGAGACCUGCGACUCUGACUGAGGCAUGUCCAUCUCCCCACCUCGCUCCCCAUCAGCCCGUCCUAUGGGAGAUGGUCUUGGAACAAGGGGACAGGGCUUGCCAUCCCUUCCAGUUUGGCUUCAAAGCAGUGACUCCCUGCCCUGUUAGCCUGAACCCCACAUGGGGUGAAUCAGCUCCUCGUCUCCUGACUGGUCCCGCCACCCAGAGUGGGAGCAAAGCUACCAGCAACCUGUGAGCUUGCUGUGUCUGUACAUAUGUAUGUAUCUUGAACUGUUUUUUAUUCUCAAAAUAGAGAUAAGCAGACUGUGUAUG